CGCCCCGAGCAGCCGCCCCUCGCUCAGGGAGGCGGACGCGCUCGCGCCACAGCUCGCGGCGGGGCGAGCGGGCGCCACACCUGUGGAGCCGCGCGGGCCGUCGGGGCUGCCGACCCGGACCCCGCAGCGUGCGAGCUCGGGGCGCCGCUUGGCUCGCGCCCCCCGCCCCCGGCUGCGCGCCGCGGAUACCAUGGGGCUCCCCGCGCUCGAGUUCAGCGACUGCUGCCUCGACAGCCCGCACUUCCGAGAGACGCUGAAGUCUCACGAAGCGGAGCUGGACAAGACCAACAAAUUCAUCAAGGAGCUCAUCAAAGACGGGAAGUCGCUUAUCAGCGCGCUCAAGAACUUGUCUUCAGCGAAGCGGAAGUUUGCUGAUUCCUUAAAUGAGUUCAAGUUUCAAUGCAUAGGAGAUGCAGAAACAGAUGAUGAGAUGUGUAUAGCAAGAUCUUUGCAGGAGUUUGCCACUGUCCUCAGGAACCUGGAAGAUGAGCGGAUACGGAUGAUUGAGAAUGCCAGCGAAGUGCUUAUCACACCUUUGGAGAAGUUUCGCAAGGAGCAGAUUGGGGCUGCCAAGGAAGCCAAAAAGAAGUAUGACAAGGAGACUGAGAAAUAUUGUGGCAUCUUAGAAAAGCACUUGAACUUAUCUUCCAAAAAGAAGGAGUCUCAGCUUCAGGAGGCAGACAGCCAAGUGCACCUGGUCCGACAACAUUUCUAUGAAGUCUCUCUGGAGUACGUCUUCAAGGUGCAGGAAGUCCAGGAGCGAAAGAUGUUCGAGUUUGUGGAGCCCCUGCUGGCCUUCCUGCAGGGCCUCUUCACUUUCUACCACCACGGUUAUGAGCUGGCCAAGGAUUUUGGUGACUUCAAGACGCAGCUGACCAUCAGCAUCCAGAACACAAGAAAUCGCUUUGAAGGUACCAGGUCAGAAGUGGAAUCGCUGAUGAGGAAGAUGAAGGAGAAUCCACUUGAGCACAAGACCAUCAGUCCAUAUACCAUGGAAGGGUACCUGUACGUGCAGGAGAAGCGUCACUUUGGAACCUCUUGGGUGAAGCACUACUGCACGUAUCAGCGGGAUUCUAAGCAAAUCAGCAUGGUCCCAUUUGACCAGAAGUCAGGAGGAAAAGGGGGAGAAGAUGAGUCAGUUACACUCAAGUCCUGUACACGGCGGAAAACAGACUCGAUUGAGAAGAGGUUUUGCUUUGACGUGGAAGCUGUGGACAGGCCAGGGGUUAUCACCAUGCAGGCGUUGUCGGAAGAGGACCGGAGGCUCUGGAUGGAAGCCAUGGAUGGCCGGGAACCUGUCUACAAUUCGAACAAAGACAAUCAGAGCGAAGGGACUGCGCAGUUGGACAGCAUUGGCUUCAGCAUAAUCAGGAAAUGCAUCCAUGCUGUGGAAACCAGAGGGAUCAAUGAGCAAGGGCUCUACCGAAUUGUGGGGGUCAACUCCAGAGUGCAGAAGCUGCUGAGUGUCCUGAUGGACCCCAAGACAGCAUCAGAUACAGAGACAGACAUCUGCGCUGAGUGGGAGAUCAAGACCAUCACUAGUGCUCUGAAGACCUACCUACGAAUGCUUCCAGGGCCACUCAUGAUGUACCAGUUUCAAAGAAGUUUCAUCAAGGCAGCAAAGCUAGAGAACCAGGAGACACGGGUCUCCGAAAUCCACAGCCUGGUUCACCGACUCCCGGAGAAAAACCGGCAGAUGCUACAGCUGCUCAUGAACCACUUGGCCAAUGUUGCUAACAAUCAUAAGCAGAAUUUGAUGACCGUAGCUAACCUUGGCGUGGUGUUUGGACCCACCCUUUUGCGACCUCAGGAAGAAACUGUAGCUGCCAUCAUGGAUAUCAAAUUUCAGAACAUUGUCAUCGAGAUCUUAAUAGAAAACCAUGAAAAGAUCUUCAACACCCUGCCAGAUGUGCCGCUCAGCAGUACGCAACUGCACCUGUCCCGAAAGAAGAGCAGCGACUCGAAGCCUCCGUCCUGCAGCGAGAGACCCCUGACUCUCUUCCACACCGUGCAAACACCAGAGAAACAGGAGCAAAGAAACAGCAUCCUCAACUCCAGUUUGGAAUCUGUCUCAUCCAGCGCAAACAGUAUCCUUAAUUCCAGUAGCAGCUUGCAGCCCAACACAAACUCCAGCGACCUAGACCUGGACGUGGUCAAACCCACCCGACCCAACUCACUCCCCCCGAAUCCAAGCCCAACAUCACCCCUCUCGCAAUCUUGGCCCAUGUUCUCGGCGCCCUCCAGCCCUAUGCCCACCUCAUCCACGUCCAGCGACUCAUCCCCCGUCAGGUCUGUUGCAGGGUUUGCUUGGUUUUCUGUUGCUGCUGUUGUUCUCUCAUUGGCUUGGUCCUCUCUUCAUGCAGUGUUCAGCCUCCUCGUCAACUUUGUUCCCUGCCAUCCAAACCUGCACUUGCUUUUUGACAGGCCAGAAGAAGCGGUUCGCGAAAACUCCAGCACACCAUUCCGGAAGGCACAAGCCUUGUAUGCCUGCAAAGCCGAACACGACUCUGAACUCUCCUUCACGGCAGGCACGGUCUUCGAUAACGUUCAUCCAUCUCAGGAGCCUGGCUGGUUGGAGGGGACUCUGAACGGGAAGACUGGCCUCAUCCCUGAGAACUACGUGGAGUUCCUCUAACCAUGGGCCCCAGCAGAACUGCUGAGCUUUACAUGGUAUCCAUGACAACCGCUGACUCCAGUGUCGUAGGCCAUUUCUGUUUGCCACUGAGAAUCACAGGUGACUGACUGUGGCUACCUGUUGAUGCAACUGUUUCUGUGGACUCUCAAGUCACUCGUCUCCGCCAUCAUCUCAGCUGGCACUCAGUGUCGCUGCAAGAAGCAGAGUCAACCCGCAGAGGCCACUUGGUUUCUGUGACACAGAGGAAGACUUGCAAAGCUGGUGUCUCCAGGGUGCCCAAAAUAGGAAGUGCUCGUUUGUCUCAGUUGUCAUCCAAAUCCCCAUCCUUUUUAGAGAGCAAGUGAGCUUUAAGGAGUUGCCAGGAGCACACAGCAUACUAAAGGCCAGUGGGGCUACGCAGGGAAACUGACACUGGGGUCCAGGCUGGGUCUGUUGCUUUUGUUUACAGUAGACACCCUCUCUUUCCCUCGUCUAAAUACCCGAGACCCACAGUGCUGCGGGCAGCUGGGUCUGUCUAUUUGCAUACAGGGUGGAGAGGGAGGGGUUACGGCACUGUUUAUGCAAGAUCCAAUCUUUUCCCCAUCUCUCAAGUCCCACUGGCCUGUCAGUGGCUAAAUUCAGUCCAGUCCUCUCAUGCAAGGGAACACACACACACGCCAAGUCCCUGUGUCACCUCUGACCCCAUCCAAGCUUUCUCGGCUACCAAGGGCCGCCAUCAUCUGGUAACCAUGGAACCCAGCCUACUCAUAAACCAACCUCCAAAAAAUAUUGUACUCUUUUUGCGUGACACAUCCUCCUUCCUACCUCCUUUUUGGUAGUUUUUUGAAUGGUUUUCGAAGAGGAUAACAAAAUGAAGGUGGUCUACCUAGGAUAGGCAGGAGAACGACUGAAAGCUGUGCCCUUUCUGAUGAGCUUUUGUAUUUGGAGCAAACCCUAGUGACCUCUUGAGAUUCAGUUAUAUACAGGCCUCGUAUCUCUGUUCUUCCAUGCAGAUUGUAUUAGCUUUCCAGGGGAGAAGAAGCUUCCUCACAGUGGCUGGCACCAUCCUUUUGCUUGAUGGGUCCCUUAUGUCCUCUCUUUCACUUGCUCUCCCCACCAGCCUGUCACUCACCAGGCCUCUUGCAGUCCUUUGGGCCACUGGGCACUGGUGCACUGUGGUUUUUAGAAGUGCUUUCUGGGUAACUGAGCAAGAGUUUAAAAGGAUUAUCUGCAUUCACUGCCACUCAGAAAAAGGGACAUGUUUCCUGGGGAAUCUGAUGCAUGAGGUUAAUUGUCAUUGGCACUGUAAUUCAGGAAGAUCCCAAGGUUGGAACAGGGAGAAUGAGAUGGAUAUCUUCUGAGAAUCCAAAUGUUCUGGUGAGAAGAGGCUGGACCUUGUGGAAGACUGCCUUGGAUGGAGAGGUCCCUCUGGACAUCCUGCCAUGGACUGCCAAAGAACAGAGUUCCCGCAUCUUGUACAAGGAAGAGUCAUUUUAGGAGCAACUCUGAACAGACCAGCUCCAUACAGGUGGACGGGCAAGAGUGUUCCCUGCUUCUGGAAUUCCUCACUAGGGAACUGAAAAAAAGGAGAGAAAAACUUGAAUUGUGUUGACUUACUGUAUCUCUUGCUUUUUUUUUUUUUUUGAAAAAAAAAGAUAAACUUGUAAAUAGAGUGAUUUGAAAUACUA